GCCCGCCCUUUCCCGGCACGAACCGGACGCUGCCCGCCCGGUCCCAACCUCCGCACUGGGUUCGGCGGGGCCGCACCGCGCCCCGGGGCUGCCCGGUACCGGUACCGGAGCUCCUCGGUUUCUCCCGGUGCCGGAAUUCUCCGGUAACCCCCGGGUUCCCUCCGGUGCCGGUGCCCGUUCCCCCCGGUGCCGGUGUCCGUUCCCCCCGGUGCCCCCCGGUGCCGGUGCCCGCUCUCCCCGGUGCCCCCCGGUGCCGGUGCCCGCUCUCCCCGGUGUCCCCCCGGUGUCCCCCGGUGCACCGCGGGGCCGGCGCUCUCCGGGGCGGGGUUUGGGCCACGUUCGUGCCCCGGAGGGCGGAUUUUGGGGUGGCCGUGACGGAGGCGGGGUCGCCUGAGCCCAGCCCGGCCCAGCCCAGCCCGGCCCGGCACGGACGGGAACGGGAACGGGAACGGCGGCGGGUCCGGGGCUCGGAGCGCUCGCCGGGAUGGGGGGACACGGGGACAACUACUACGGCAAACACGGAACGCCGCAGAAGUAUGACCCGACUUUCAAAGGUCCCAUCUAUGACAGGGGCUGCACUGACAUCAUCUGCUGCGUCCUGCUGGUGGUGGCCAUUGUGGGCUACGUCGUGGUCGGCGUCGUGGCCUGGACCCACGGGGACCCCCGGAAGGUGAUCCACCCCACGGACAGCCGCGGGCAGUUCUGCGGGCAGCAGGGGACCCCCAACGAGAACAAACCUUUCCUUUUUUACUUUGACAUCGUCAAGUGCGCGAGCCCGCUGGUGCUGCUGGAGUUCCAGUGCCCGACCACGCAGAUCUGCGUCAGCAAAUGCCCGGACCGGUACAUGACGUACCUGACGGCCUCCGGGAACCCCGCGUCGCUGCAAUAUUACCGGAAUUUCUGCACCCCCGAGUACAAGGGCUCGCAGAAGGCCGCCCUCAAUGUGCUGAAGGACAGGGAGUGUCCGGCCAUGCUCAUUCCCAGCACCCCGCUGGCACGGAGAUGCUUCCCAGCCAUCCAGGCCAAGAAGGGCGUCAUCAUGGUGGGCAACAAGACAACCUACGAGGAUGGCUGGGGGAACCACAGGAACGUCACCGAGCUGCUGGAAGGGGCCAAGAAAGCCAACGUGGUGCUGGAGACCCGGCAGCUGGCCAUGAAGAUCUUCGAGGAUUACACGGUGUCCUGGUACUGGAUCAUCAUAGGCCUCGUCAUUGCCAUGGUGGCCAGCCUCAUCUUCAUCGUCCUGCUGCGCUUCCUGGCCGGGAUCAUGGUGUGGGUGAUGAUCGUGAUGGUGAUCCUGGUGCUGGGAUACGGAAUCUUCCACUGUUACAUGGAAUAUGCCAAGUUAAAAGGGGAAGCGGGGUCGGAUGUGUCCCUGACAGACCUGGGCUUCCAGACCGACCUCCGUGUCUACCUGCACCUGCGGCAGACGUGGUUGGCGUUCCUGAUCAUCCUGUGCGUGCUGGAGCUGGUGAUCGUGCUGCUGCUCAUCUUCCUGCGCAAGAGGAUCCUCAUCGCCAUCGCGCUCAUCAAGGAGGCCAGCAGGGCCGUCGGUCACGUCAUGUCGUCGCUGCUGUUCCCCUUGUGCACCUUCUUCUUGCUGUGCCUCUGCAUCGCCUACUGGGCCAGCACUGCCGUCUUCCUGUCCACCUCCAACGAGGCUGUUUACAAGGUGUUCAACGAGUCCGCGUGCCCAUUCUCUGGGCAGACCUGCAAGCCCGAGACCUUCAACACCAGCAACGUCACCAAGCUGUGCCCCGAUGCCCAGUGCCUCUUCGCCUUCUACGGCGGCGAGACCGCCUACCACAAGUACCUCAUCGUGCUGCAGUUCUUCAACGUCUUCAUGUUCUUCUGGCUCGCCAACUUCGUCAUCGCGCUGGGCCAGGUGACGCUGGCGGGCGCCUUCGCCUCCUACUACUGGGCCUUCAAGAAGCCCGACGACAUGCCGGCCUUCCCGCUCUUCUCCGCCCGCGCGCUCCGGUACCACACCGGCUCGCUGGCCUUCGGCUCGCUGGUCCUGGCCAUCGUCCAGGUCAUCAGGGUCAUCCUGGAGUACCUGGACCACCGGCUGAAAGCCGCCGAGAACAAGUUUGCCAAGUUCCUCCUGAGCUGCCUCAAGUGCUGCUUCUGGUGCCUGGAGAAAUUCAUCAAGUUCCUCAACAGGAACGCCUACAUCAUGAUCGCCAUCUACGGCACCAACUUCUGCACCUCGGCCCGGAACGCGUUCUUCCUGCUGAUGAGGAACAUCAUCAGGGUGGCUGUGUUGGAUAAAGUCACGGAUUUCCUCUUCUUCCUCGGGAAGCUCCUCAUCGUGGGAAGCGUGGGAAUCCUCGCCUUCUUCUUCUUCACCCAGCGGAUAAAGCUGGUCCAGGACACGGCGCCGCCGCUGAAUUACUACUGGGUCCCGAUUCUGACGGUGAUCGUGGGCUCCUACCUCAUUGCCCACGGGUUCUUCAGCGUGUACGGCAUGUGCGUGGACACCCUCUUCCUCUGCUUCUGUGAAGAUCUGGAGAGAAACGAUGGAUCUCCGGAGAGGCCUUACUACAUGUCCCCCGAGCUCAGCGAGAUCCUGCUCAAGGGGCACCUAGAACCUUCCAAAAGCACCGAUAGCCAAGGCUAGGCUGCCUCGGGACCCUCCCGGCCCCCUGACCCCGGCAGCGACUCCCGCGGUGCCUCUGUGUCCCCCGGAGUCCUUCGAGGGUGGCGGGUGCCGGCCCUCAGCGCCCAGUGGUGUCCAGUCUGCCUUCCUGCCCAAAAAUCCGCGUUCCUGCGGCGAGAGAACCCACCCGGAGCCGGCUGGGGCUCCCGGUAGCACGGAGCGUGGUGCCUGGAGAUCAUCGUGGGUUCGAGGCAGAGAUCCCUGCUCCUGAGGGAGGGCUGGCACGAGGGACCCGGCACGGAGGGACAGGGCUUGGUGGGAUGGGCCGAGUGCGUCCCGCCACCCCAAACCGGUCUCUGGGCGUUUCCUCUGCAUCUGCUUCGGCCAAGAGCAGUGAAACUUUCUUUGCCCUUUCCUCACCCCUUUCCUUGCAAUUUUCUCACCCUUUUCCUCCCCCUGUCUCUAUGCAAACCAUAAAAUUCUGAAGGAUUCCGGGCGAGGUUGCAGAGCUUUGCUGCUUUAGCUCAGCUUGUCCCUGUCCCCUGUCCCAGCCAUCGCAGGAGCCGUCACCAGUGCCCACUGGGACUUGGAGGGUUUCACUCCAGCCAUGGGGGGAGUCGGGAUUUCUCCUCCAGAAAGCCCAGAAAUGAUCAAGAUUUAUAAAAAACAGCUCUUGUGGCUCAGCCUCAGCCACAGCUCCCAGCCAGACCCUCCCAGGACAAAGCCCUGGUGUUGAUGCUCCCGUUUCCAUCCCAGAAGGAUCCAAAUCCCUCUCAAAACAUCCCCUGGGCAUUGUGAGCCCGGAGCUUUGUGGCUUUGUUUGGUUUUGGGGUGUUGUUUUUCCACGGCUGGGAUUUUCCAGCCUCGUUGGUGUGUCAGGAACGAGGGGAAUCGCUUUGCAUUGGCUCCAGAGCUGCUGGGAAGAGCUGAGGGCUCCCUCCUGCCCUUGGCUCUGUUCAUCUUUCCCCCCUAAGCAACAAAACGCCCAAAUUUCCUCUUUCUUCUCAACCUCUGCGGGCCAUUCCCACAUUUGCUAUGUCAGAGAGAGAAAAGCCCCGUUCAGGAUGAGCCCAGAGACUUUGCUUAACCCGGGAAUCGUUGCCAGAGGGUCCCAGGAGCCUCCACCACACCAACCCCACGCCUGCCCCCGCCGCGGGGCCGGGGAUUUCUCUUUGCAGUGGAAGACCUGGAGCGCAACGACGGCUCGGCAGAAAAGCCCUACUUCAUGUCCCAGGACCUGAGGAAGCUGCUCAAGAAGACCAACAAAGGCCAGCCCGACGCGUAGAGCGCCCGGCGCCGCCUGUCCCGCGCGGAAUUCGCCUCCGUGGACCUUGGACCGCCCCCCCGACAGUGUGGGUGGGCCGGUAAAAUGCAGAUUUUUGAUGACUCGGCCUUAAAUCCUUGCGCUGGUAACAUGACGAGCUUUGUCGCCACUAACGAGACGCAGGGCCCCGUGCCAGUGCCACUCCUGGGGUGAAAUCCCCCGAUUUCUGGGUGGCCAGCGACUCCAGAGUGAGUUUGAUUGGUGUUUGGUUCCGUUCUGGUCCCAGCGAACCCUUCUGGGGUCAGCCCGGGGGGAUCCGCGCGGAUCUGGUGAUGCAGGAAUGGGCCGGGAGGUGCAGGCAGCUCCUCGUGGGGUGUUUUCCUUGUGGCCCCCCCUAAACAUUGAAUUGCGGUUGUGCAUUCCUGCCCGGAGAGCUGGGACGGGCUGGAAUCACUUCCCAUCCCUCGCUGCCCUUUGUUGACACCUGUUCUGGGCCCUAAUUAAUGAAUUCUUUUAGGAAUAAGCUAAUUACUGCUUUUGUAGCCACUGCGUGGAGGGGAACGAGGGGGCCGUGAGCAGAAUUUGGGGCUUGAGGCUCUGUCCAGUUCUUGCGCCUCUUGGGGACCCGCAGCUUCCACAGGUUCCUCCCCAAAAUGUGCAUCUGGUCCCCCCAAAAUUUGUCGUUUUAGGGCGGCAAACCCUUCCCCAGCUUCCCAAACGCUUCACCUGCAUAAGGGGUUUUGGGACUCGAGGGGGUGGGGAUGGACCUGGGGGGGUUUUGGUUUCAUUCCAGGGGAUUUUAGCAAAGCCGGGGGCAGCUAGCACCUGGAGGGGGAAAAGGGAUUUUUUUUUUUGGUGUGGAAAGGGGGUCAAUUAAGUCUAAAAUGUAAUUAACUCUAACCUAAAAUGUAACAGAAUUAACCCUCAGACCCGGCGCAGCCGCCGCCAGCAAUUGGGCUUUUUUUGGGGCUCAUUUGUUAAAAAAAAAGGAUUUAAAGAAAUGCUCUGAGGCUUUGGGGGACAAUUUCCCCCUCCCAGUGCUCACCUGGCUCCAGGAAUUGGUGCCGAGGGAUCCCUUUGGCUUCUUUUUAUCCCAAUUCCCCGCCACCUUUAGGUUUUGUAUCAUCCAGGGGACGUUUCUGUGGAAUUAUCCAAUCCUUUGGGGGCUUUUGUAUAUUUUGCUUUUCCAGGAAUGUUUUCAGUCACGGUUAUUUGGAGCUUUUCCAGUGAAUUUUUGGGGGGCACGUUUUAGUUUCUCUGGCGCCACCGGGCAGAGUUUCCCUAGCUGCAAUCAAACACUGUAAUUUCUCUAAUUUUUCUUUUUGAAAUUCCCUCAAUUUUCCCCUUUUCCCCCUCGUUUUUUAGUGCAGCUGAUCAGAAGGACAGAGGAGCGGAAGGGAAAGUUGAAGCCAAAAAAAUGAAGGAAAACGUAAAACUAGAGAAGCGAGGGGAAAGACAGAAAAAUGAAGGGAAAGGUAAAAACAAAGCUAAAAAUGUAACAGUAAAGCUCAACAGAAAAGAUCAAAUUGAGCUAAAAAGAGGCAAAUCCUCCCUGUUUGGGACGAGUGGGAAUAAUUCAAGGAAUAAUCCCCAGACCUUGUUCCACUUACAGCCAUUCCAGCGCGUGUCCUGCAGCUCCUGAUGCUCGUUCUGGAUUAAUUCAGUGUUUUCCCUCCCUGUGCAGGUUUCAGGGUGGAUUUGGUUUUAUUUCUGCUCAGAACGUUCCUGUUGGGGGCAGAUUCUCUCUCACUCCUCGAUUUUCAGCUGUUUUCCUCCUAAAUCCUGACCCCUUGGGUGUGGGAACCCUGUGGGAAGCAGCUGAGGAGUGGCAGGAACUGGGUUUAUUUGCUUAAAAAGGCAAAAGCCAGCAGGAAUUUGGAAGGCUGGGAGGAGAAGUGGUGAAAGAGAGAAGAAAUUUGGAAAAAUGUGUUCCUGGGGAAGCCGGGCUGGCUCGGCUGCCUCCCAGCAGCACAGGAUUUGAGGAGAAUUAAGGAUUUUUAUAACCAAUAAACCCAAGUGGCUUUUUAGAGGUGAGUGGAGCAGUGAGGGAAAUAUUCCUGUAAAUUAGGGUUUUUUAUUUUUGGAAAACUCAGAGCGAGGGCGGCUGUCUGGGGGAAUUUGGUGUCCAGAAAAGCUUCACUCCAAGGCUGGGUUCCUGCUUCCAGGCAAAGCUCCGUGUCCAAGGCAUUAAAUGAUGGAAUUUAGGAAUAACGGCGCUUUUUCCCCCCCCGUCUAGAAAUGUGGCUUCUGUCCCUACAAACCUGAUUGUUCUGCAGGGCAAAGAAAACAACCCCAAAUCCUAAACAAUGCUAAACCUGCAGGGCUGGUGUUUUACAGGAAAAUGCUCAUUUUUCACGUGUUUUUGAGGCAUUAAGGGUGCUGUGACACUCCGGAGUCUCUGCGCGGUUCCGUCAGCGUCGCGACCGACAAUAAAAAAGUGCCUGUU